AUGUCCCUCAACAAUAUCGAGCACUGCGAGGAAAUUGAAUCCCACGUGAAAUCGCACCUGAUUCCCGUCGAAGCCGGUCUUACACAUGCCUACGAAAAUAGCACUAAGCAAGGCCUUCCCUCAAUUGCCGUCUCGCCUGUACUGGGCCGCUUCACUUCUCUGCUCACUGCCGCAACCGGAGCGCGCAACGUGCUCGAAAUCGGCACGCUGGGCGGGUACUCCACUAUCUGGUUCGCAAAAGGCGUUCAAGGAAAGGGCAAAAUCACUAGCAUCGAGAUCGAUGCACAUAGACGCGAUGUUGCGGUCGACAACCUCCGUGUUGCGGGCGUGAAAGUUCCAGAGGAAGUGGAUGUGACUCUCGGAGUUGCAUUGGACGUUCUGCCGAUGCUUGAGAUGGAGAUACAGGAAGGGAAGAGGGAGAGGUUUGAUUUUGUUUUUAUUGAUGCCGAUCGCAAUAAUCAAUGGAAUUAUUUUGACUGGGGGGUAAAGCUCUCUGGUGGGAAAGGUAGUGUUAUCUAUGUCGAUAACGCCGUAAAGGGCAUGUUGGAGAGUGGGAUUGUUGGGUCACAGAAAAGGAAUGGCGAGGCAAUUGACUUGGUCAGGGAGGUAGGAAAGGAUGGGAGAGUCGACUCCGUAGUUAUGCAAACUGUUGGGGCAAAGGGCUACGAUGGCUUUUUGUUGGCUGUUGUCAAAUAG